AUGGCUCCCGCAAAUUCAACUAAUGGCGAUACAUUCUAUAAAGAGCAAAAGAAAAUAAACGAUUAUGUGGAAGCUACAAAACUAGGAGUGAGAAAAAGGAACAGAAAGAAUUCAAAAACUAAAAAUUUUAAACCAAUAGAGGAUCCUGGUGUUAUUGCGAAUACUGAAAGAUACGCAAAUCCAUUUGACUAUUCCACCUAUCAGAAUAACAUUCUUCUUCCAUGUGCAUUAAAGAAAAAAAUAGCAUCUUUAGAAGAAAAAGAGCAGCAACAUACAAACAACGGUGUUUCAUUGACUUGUAAAAUUUGUUGUAAAGGCCACGAGAGUAAAGAAAGUCUAUUUGAACACUACGAAACACAUAGAACAAUAGCAGAACAAUUACAAUAUUGUGACAAAGAUGAAGAAGAUAAAUACGUGCUAUUGGAUUCAGAUGACGAAAAAGUUACUUGUGACCUGUGUUUGGCGACUUUAAAAAAUAAGGCUACCUAUCAUAUUCACCUUCAACAGCGCCAUAGAUCGAAAGAAAACUACUGUGAGAUAUGUAAAAGGAACUAUGCUAAUCAGUAUGUAUUGAGCAUACACAAUGCUACACACAGUUCUGAUCCUAAAACACUAGUUUGUGUAAUUUGUAAAACUUUUAGCACUCAGAUUACAAAUGAUUUAUACAGCCAUAUUCGCUCAGAACACUUAAAAGAAGACUUUUAUUGUGACGAAUGCGACAAACAUUUUUACUCAAAAGACUGGUUUGAAGGUCACAAAACGUUUCACAAAAUGUAUACAACCAAUCACCAACGUUGCAGUGUUUGCUCUGUCGAAUUUACAACUACUCGCAAACUACUUGUCCAUAUGCAAGAAAAACAUGGAGAUAACUCCCUCAUUAAAUUCAAAAGAUAUAAAUGUAUUGAAUGUAAUCUAACUCUGCCGUUUAAGAAGAAUCUUGAUAGCCACAUGCAGCAUGUACAUCUAAGCCAGCAAAGAUCAUUUCUCUGCGAUGAUUGUGGACGAUCAUUUCCUUCAAUAUCGCCUUUAACACAACAUAUGAAAAUACAUAAAGAAGGACAGUAUGAAUGUUCCUUUUGCAACAAAAAAUUUAAACAGAAACAAUCCUUGAAGCUUCACAUUCGGACUCACACAGGGGAAAAACCACAUAAGUGCCAUUUAUGUGAUAAAAGCUUCUCCCAAAGCCCAGCACUCAAAGUCCAUCUACGAACGCAUACCGGUGAACGGCCUUACUCCUGUAGGAACUGCAAAAAAGGUUGUGUUACUAAAACUGCUAGAGACUGCCAUGAAAAAACUUGUAAAAAAUAG